CACAGCUUUGCACUGUAAUGGCGGAAAACACGGUUUAAAAACAAUUUGGAAAAUUAUUAGCACAUUUAAGGAAAACAGCUGAAAAAAAGCAAUUGCAAAUAAAUAUUGCAUUUUACUGUGGAAAAGUAUAGGCUGGCAAGGUGGAAGAAGAAAUGGCCGAGAGGGAUAUUUAUAGGGACACUCCAGUGAGACUUUUGGGGUAUGCCAAUGAAGUUGGAGAAGCAUUUAGGCCCCAAAUUCAUGUCAACUGGGUGCGCCUUAGUUAUGGCAUUGCCAGUACGUAUGUUUUGGCUGACACUGUGGACAAAACCUUUAAAAUGAGCAAGCGUCCAUUUGUGAACAGCAGCACAAAAUAUCACCAGGUGUUCAUUGCAGGAGUAGACACAUUGAUCUGGCAAAGUUUUGCUUCUGUGAUUAUCCCAGGCAUCACCAUCAACAGAAUAUGUGCAUUGUCACUGUACACAAUGAAACAUACGACUAAGCUUCCAUCUAAAACUCGUAAAUGGCUAACUACGGCCAUUGGUCUCGCAUGUAUUCCGUUUAUAGUAAAACCAAUUGAUACAUUUGUUGAGUUUGUAAUGGAUGAAACUUUCAGGAAGGCAGUAGGAACUGGUAAAUAUUAACCGUAACAGUAUUAGUUGUAUGUUAUGAAACAUUGUAAACGAUUAG